AUGCAAGACUUAGAUGUCUCCAAGAUCACAAACGUGCUAAAGACUCUAAGUGAGGCAGCUGCUGCAGCUAACGUCCCCCUUGGAUUCUUGGAUUCUCUCGUGUCUCAGCCUCCCCGAGAUGCAAGUUCAGUUCCGGUGGAUCAAAAUCCUUCAUCCUCAAAUCGUAUUCUUGGGAUUCCCCCGAAGCAGCUGGCGAAGCCAGUACACCGCAGUAGAAUCACGAACAUCAAUCUACCACCCGUGGAUGCGACCGAUAACCCCGAACAUGCGCAUAUGCUCGCCACCAAGUGGUUGAGUGCGAACAGAUUGGCAGAAAUGGUGAAAACUGAAGGUCUCGUUUAUAAAAAGGGGAAGUUCUCUGCCAUCGAGGAAGCCCAGCUGAACAAGGCUAUUGAGAACUAUCGUGCGAGAACUGGAAUCUCUCAAGACGCAUUGGUGGACAUCAUCUUCCCCAGAAAUACUAAAGACAGGGACAAUGCAUUCUGGUCUGAAAUCACAAGCGCUGUCUCUCUCCGUCCAAUCAUUGCGGUCUACCACCAUGUCCGAAGGAAGAAUCAUCCCCUUAAACAGCAAGGACGGUGGAUGCCCAUAGAGGACUCGAUGCUCAAACACGCUGUAGCGGAGCUGGGCCAGCAAUGGGAAAAGAUUAGUGACAGAGUCGGCCGUAUGGCAUCUGACUGUCGGGAUCGUUAUCGAAAUCAUAUCGAACACCGUGAACACAGAUCUAAUGGUGCCUGGACAAAAGAGGAAGAGGCAUUGUUGACGCAGAUCGUCACCGAAAUAACUGUCAGUCAGGGUAAGGACCCGGACAACGAUGUGUUUUGGGGAGUUGUAAGCCAGCGCAUGAACAACAAGCGUGGCCGACAGCAAUGUCGCAUCAAAUGGCUCGAUUCUUUGAGCAAGACUGUUAAAAAUCAGGGAGACAAACCGCGUUGGAGUUUGGUAGACGCAUAUAUUCUCGUUCAUAAAGUUCAUUCCCUGAACGUUAGAGACGAUAGUGAAAUCGACUGGAAGACACUUCCGGAUGCGAAUUGGAACUUCUGGAGCGCUCACAUUCUUCAAAGACGGUGGCAGACGAUGAAGCGGGGUAUCAGAGGCUACGAAGACAUGUCUCAUGAAGAAAUCAUGGAUAUCCUCCUUGUUAAGAAUGUUCACUUGCCCGUAGAUACAGGUCGUCGUCAACGCAAGAUCGUCAGUGCCGAAGCCGUCGAAGAUUCUGAAGAAGAUGUGGAUGAUUUGAAUCAGACUCAGUCUGGUCCCGCCUUACUGGUCGAUGGGUUUACCGGCACGGCGCGGAGUCCAACUAUACAACCUGGAGGCAAUCACUCUUCGUCUUCAUCGGACGAGGAGUGA